AACUUCAAAAAAUUGAAGAAAGUGCUCACAGCCAAAGCAAAUCCACCCUUACAAUACUAAAUCGGAAGAACUCCGAUAAUCUCAAUACAUAUAAAUUAGACAGUUUGCCUGGAGCAACAAGUCUAUCAAAUCAACAGAAAGUGAACCGAGCAUAAUCGUCUCAAGACUCUUCCAUUAUCCAUUCACUCAUCACCCCGCCACGGAAAUAGAAUUUCGAAUUUCGACUAGCCUCGCAUUCAAUUCUGCAAGAGCACAUCACAUCAACUCUAGGAAUCUUUUCAGCACUGACUUUAUUCCAACUCAACUCUUCUUUCUCCUCCCCUUUACGAUCCGUCAGACCCUCGAUCCUACCACACAUUCGAAUAUAAUACAAACAUGGCAGCCGUCGCAGCACAAGCACCAACCGGUGAACAAGUUGACUUGUCAACUAUUCCAGUCUCACCUGAAGGAGCCAGCAAUUCAAAUGAGAACACCAAGCCAGCCACAGAUGGUGAACAAAUUACUGUUUUUCAUGAUAAGGAUAACUUCAACGUCAAGCAUCCUUUGAUGAACAAAUGGACUUUGUGGUUCACAAAGCCACCCAGUGGAAAGGGUGAUAACUGGAACGAUCUCUUGAAAGAAGUCAUCACCUUCAACUCUGUUGAGGAAUUUUGGGGUGUCUACAACAAUAUCGCACCAACCUCGGAACUCGCUCUCAAAUCCGAUUAUCAUCUGUUCAAGGAAGGCGUUCGACCUGAAUGGGAGGAUCAGCAAAACAAGCACGGUGGAAAAUGGUCAUAUCAAUUCAAGGAAAAGCGCAAUGUUCCUAUUGAUGAACUUUGGCUCCACGUCAUGUUGGCAGCUAUUGGAGAGACUCUCGAAGAAGAGGAUGACGGAGAGGUGAUGGGUGUUGUUGUCAACGUCAGAAAGGGAUUCUACCGUGUUGGUGUCUGGACUCGCACAAUCGGCAAGAGCAUUCCUGGAGGUGGAGAUGGCAAUGGUGCUGGAGGAAAGGGAAGAUCUGCCGAAAAGGGCAAAGAAGUUCUGAUGAACAUCGGCAAAAAGUUUAAGGAAGUCUUGAAGCUCCCAGCAUCCGAGGCAGUUGAAUUCUCUGGCCAUACCGAUAGUGCACACAGUGGAAGUACUCGUGCGAAGGCUAAGCAUUCAGUCUAGACGCUUUCGACAUGUACACGAGAUGAGAUACGAUUCUCCUUUACCUGCGUUACGAUUUCGUGGUUUUCUUUUCUAUAAAGGUCCACGAAGUAGGCUAAGGCUAAAUGGAUGGCGGUUCAACAAAGGUUUCCGGUUUUUUCAUGGCAGUAUCUGCAUGCAGCAUUAUUGAAGGCAACAAAUACCUAAAAUCGGCUUCUUAAAACUAUGGGGGAGUAGUAUUUGUGCCAUAUUGUUUUUAUUGCUCUGCUAUUACACUACCGCUUUUGGUGGUGGUUAUUUUAUGCAUGGCGUUAUUCUACACUGGGCAAUCAAUAUAGGCUCAGAUAUCAGAGGUGUGUUCAUCGAGAUGCGCGAAGCAUGAAUUUAGCAAAAUCAAAGUUACAUAUCAAUGAAAACAAUGAGCGUC